UAGUGUGAUUCUUCAAUACUCAUAUUAUUCUUCAGCUCAUAGUGCAAGAUCAAAUCAUUAUUCCUUUUUUACUUCUGAAGUUUGCAGGCGGAUUUCCCUGCCAAUACAAACAUUCUAUAUGUUGACUUACACUCAGCCGAGUCAAUUGGGUCGAGUAGUAAUGCAAAAAGCUUACCAAAUAUGGUUCUGAAUACAAAGAAGCGAAUUGAGUACAUUGAUCAGUAUGGAGACUAUCACAGCGUUUUGGGUGGUCGACUGGAAUGCACAAUGCAAAACAUAGCAGACAAUUUCUUAAAUAAGUUUCCCUCUAGAUGCCAGGGCAAUCUAGAAGAUAAACUGGAUACGUAUAUUGUUUACAAUGAACGAAGAAAGGUCACUUCUUCAGCUAAGAAGAAGAAACCACACGCAAGUGCUGCAUUACACCAGACUCCAGAUGGUGCAUUGUUGGAUAUACUACGAAAUGCAUAUGAGCUCCUUACGGAAUGUGAUAUAAAACUUCCCAUGAUUGAACAUAACGAUAACUAUGUGGAUUCGCCACCUCCGUAUCUCAUUCUUCUGCAUCCUGCUCUUGGUCCUCUUUGGGAAGUUUCAAGACAGAAAUUCAAGGGAGGGUCCAUUUCCAGUUGCUCAGAAGUGCAACUAGAGAUUGCAGAGUUGUCAUGGAACAACGUUCAGGUUGAUGGCAGCUUGAUCAUCACUGCUGAAAACGCCAUGGGUUCAACAACUAUCAAUGAUCAUGGUGAACCAAUAUUACAAUAUGGAUUAAGGUGUGGCAAGUGUAAACUGCAUAACGUCAAGGUAGUGAACCGAGGAAUCGAUUGGAACAGUAAAUCAAAUGUUUACUGGAGAAACGAUGUGAACCGGCUUGAGACUUGUAAAAUCAUAUUACACGGAAAUGCAGAAUUCGAAGCCAGCAAUGUAACUGUAGAGGGAAACCAUGUUUUUGAAGUACCCGACGGUCACAUAAUGAAGAUCACACAAGGAAAUGCAGGUUUAAGCAUCAACUUAGAAGCAAUGAAAGAAGGGGUAUUGGAAACAGGAAGCUGGUAUUGGGACUACCAACUUAAUGGAUCACACAUUCAUCUUCAACAAGUAGAGGUUUCACAAAACUAACCCCAUCCACCCACGAAGUUAGAAGGAAGUAUAUAACCUCUCCUUGUCCUUGAAAAUAAAACUAGAAAAGUGUACUGUGCUGUAAAUGUUGCUCCCUUGUAAAUUAAACAAAACAGUUCACCAUCUAUCUGAUAACUUCUCUUUCAUGUAAAAAAAAAA